AUGGUUGAUGAAAAAAGUUAUUUGCUCGUUGGUGGCCUCACUUAUUUAGGUUUAAAUAUGGCGGAUUAUUUGUUGAAAAAAGAUUCAAACAUAAAAUUAACAAUUCUUGACUUGAUUGACAAAGAAAACUAUACUUAUGUCACACAAAUUGCACAGAAAUUUAAACCACCGAAAUUUUCGAUGUAUAGAGGAAGUGGCGCGAAUGCUGAAUUAGUUAAAAAAGUGUUAACGGAACAGCAGAUCAGUAUCGUAUUAUACAAUGCAUGGAAUAGCAGUGCUGAACUAGCUGCUCAACGAUCAGAUCACCCAGAUUGUUUUCGACAAACAUUAUCUACUCUUACACAGUUUCUCGAAGUUCUUCGCCAUUACAAAAGUUUAUCAAAAUUCAUCCUUAUCAGUUCGGAAGAAGUUUAUGGCAAGCAGAAGCCAAGAACUGAAACAACUGCGACGAAGCCAGGAACUUUGAAAGGAGCAGCGAUUAGUGCUUGUGAAGCAGUACUUCACUCUUAUUUUAUCAGUUACCGCAUACCUAUGAAUAUUGUUCGGUUGUCACCUGUGGUGUAUGGUAAUGUGAUGGAUGAUAUAAUACUGAAGCAGAUUGGAUAUGAUGAUGUGGAAAGAUUAAUACCAUGGAGUAUGAUACAUAUGGAAGAUGCAUUAGACGGUAUAAAUGAUUGUUUGAAAAGUGGGAAACUUGGUGAAGUAUAUAAUAUUGGAGGUCAAAUCGAUUGCCCUAAUGGUCUUGAUAUUAGAGGAUUUAUCCAAAAGAGAAUUAAGAAUGAACCAACUGAACAAAUCAAUUCCCCUGCGUCGAUAAUGUCAUCGUUGAAAGCUGAAAGUGUAUUGCAAUGGAAAGCGAAAUUCCAUUUUUUCAAAGGUAUUUAUCCGGUAUCGUACAAAAUGCACAAUAUUUGCCGUGAUGUAGUGAGUGAAAUAUUAAUGCCGCGUAAAAUCCUUAUUUACGGUACCAAGAAAAUUUUGCAAUACUGCAGUCACUUUAUAACUACUAAGGAAUUCCGUCAAUCUGGUUUGUCCGACCGUGGGGAAUUUAUAAUUAGCAAGCAUCCAUUUGAUUCACAGCACGCUGACACUAGUGAAAUAAUUGAAGUGUCCCCAAGCGACAUCAUUUACAUCAAUGCGCUUCACCCUUCAGAAGGUUAUUUCACAUGUAAUUAA